UUCCACUUCUACUCACACUCUCUCUCCUUCCUCUGUAUACUCUCUUUCUCUCUAAAAACAUCCAUCAUGAGGAUGAUAGAUUUAGGAAACCAAAGAGGACCUCUAUAUAUUAUUGAUACCCCAACAGACAUAGAUUGUGGACGUGAAGUUAGAUUCCGAAGAUCAUUUCGUUCGUUAGUUGAAUGUAUGGUUCCAUGCUGUGGUUUUCAACCAUCAUCAACAACCGACUCAUCUUCUUCGGAUUCUGAAUCAUCAUCUCAUCACGGAUCAACCGUAACCGGAACAUUCUUUGGUUAUCGGAAAGGACGAGUUAAUUUCUGUCUUCAAGAUGACUCUAAAAGUUCUCCUCUGUUACUACUUGAGUUUGCUGUUCCAACUUCUUAUCUCGCGAAAGAAAUGCAACAUGGGUUACUUAGAAUCACACUUGAGUGUGACCGAGUUAGAAAUAAUUCGCAAUCUAAUAACUCUAGUAACUCAUCUCGUUCUUUGUUUUCAGUUCCGGCUUGGUCUAUGUAUUGUAACGGUCGUAAAGUCGGAUUUGCUGUUAGACGACAUAUGACCGAGAGUGACGCAGCAGUGUUCAAACUCAUGCAGUCUGUAUCUGUUGGUGCCGGGGUGUUACCGGUCUCGCCGAAAUCAGAAGAUGGUGAACUUAUGUACCUCAGGGCGAGUUUCGAACGAGUUAUUGGAUCGGUUGACUCGGAAUCAUUUCAUAUGAUUCAUCCCGGGGGGAGUUCUGGUCAAGAAUUGAGUAUAUUCUUUCUUAGAUCAUGAAUCAAAUCUUAAUAGACGGUUGUAUUAUAACUCGGGGCCACAAGUAUGAAGAGAUGUAAUUAUAAAGACUUUGUGUGAUAUAUUAGUAAUAGAUUUGAAAGUAGUUUAUUCCCUUGUAGGAUGCUUUUAACUGUUUGUAGUAAUGUUGAAUGUACAUAUUAUGAGAAAUUGAUGUCGAUGAUGGACAGUUGAAUGCAAAACCAGAACAGAGCUAAAAUAUUUAUUGCAAUCGCAUAUACGAUUU